CCACGUCUUAGUAGUUCCCGUCGUUGUCGACACGUAAAAUGGCAGCGGCAGCGUCGUCUUCUUUGCCAAGUGCUCAGACUCCAGCUCCUUACACAUACUCGGCACCGUCAUCUCCUCAAAUCAGUACGCGUCCGAGACCUCCUGGUGCUGCGACAACUACAGCACCAACAUUCAAAGCACCAGCACAUAAGCAUGCGCACCAUCUUCAUUCAAUUCCUCCACGCGAGAAAUCUACGCGUACUCUUAUUCUUGAUUAUCUCUUAUGGGUCCAUGCUCGGACUCGCCUGCACCAGGCGCGAGCAGAGCUUGGCAUGACCAUCAACGGUGACGCCUUAUCGGAUAUCGGGGAAAGUCCAAGAAGCGUGACAACUGGCAUGGACGUCGACAGAGAAUCCACAAAUGCCGUACCAUUUGAUCAAGAGGUCAUGAGUGACGGAGAGGACGUACUUAACAUUAAAUUUGGCGCAAAGAACCAAGAGAGGAAUGAGCGAUCCCCCGCGGAGGACGAGCAUGAAGCACAACAGAAUUUGCAACUUGCACACGCCCUACGACUCCGUGCGGAUGGUGUGGAGAAAGUCCUUAUCGCGAUGCUUGACCAACCUCCCGAAGUUCAACCUCCGUAUGCAGACGAAGAUGCACCGCGAACGCCACCCGCAAUACAUGGUGUCGGCGAGCAUUUCUUUCCGAACGGAGUUCGAUUCCGUCUGACUUUGAGCACGCUUGUGAACGAUCUGUUCGCUCGGGAUAUCCCGACCCCACUAUCUCCCCGUACCUCAAAUACACCGGCAUAUCAAGCGCGAAAUGCUCAGACACCUUCCAGCACUCCGCAUGUAACCCCAGUCUCAAAUGCAAAUAGACCAGCUCCAACGUCGAUGACACUGCCUUCUCCUGCCCUAUCCAAUAAGUCAUAUCGACGGGAUGAUGAUUUUCUGGAUAACAGCCUCCCGAGCUGCUUGCUUCAGCUUGCAUCUAUUUCGAGUUUCUCGAUCGAUACCGACCGUCAGGUGGCCGGAGUGACUUCUCUGCCAAGCUUCUCAUCCUUUACUCGGUCGAACACUAGCCCAACUUCAGAUAGGUUGCCUCCGAUCCUCUCCCCCGAUGGCUCUUCCGGUCCACAGUUAUCUUUCACGACUCCAGGACCACGAAGAGCUGCGGGCCGUGCCCUCAGUUUAUAUGAGUCCGGAACAGACCCUUCAACUGCGAACUCGCCCCCGUCGCUGCGCUGUCCAAGACAUCUCCAUCAUAAAUGUCAGAUCUGUGCUCCAGCUCAGUCGCCUUCGCUGUCUACUGGUUCGGGGCCGUCUUUCUAUUCCACCGGAGCUUCUCCAAGAAGUCCUGUUCAAUCACGUUCUGCUAUUUCCCUAGGUAGCAAUGGCAAAAACAAGCUGCCGGGCGGUGCGCCUAUGGCUACAGGCCUCGCCUCAUGGAAGAGUGGGGCCGGAAUCGGCGCUGGACUCAUGAGCCCAGGCGCAGAGGGGACAGUACUCCGCCGUCGUACGACCUCGUAUCAUGCAACUUCGCAUCCAUCCGCCAAAGACGUUGGCCUUUGUUCCCAAGGCGGAAAGCUUGCCGAACUCAUUCCGCGAUUCAUACGUCUAAGCGCACUAGUUGCGGUGGAGCUCGGGCGGGAAGCAAAGGAAAAGGAGGACGAGUCUUUACGCACCGGCGAUAAGCGUCCAGGGUCAUCGGCCGAGCGGGACCUCGAAGAGGAGCGCGAUCGUGAAGAUGACGCUGCCAGCACCGUAUCGUCUGGGCAAUCGAAGCCAUCGGCUCUCAAAGCAUCCGACACCACUUCACCGUACCUUUUUUCGCUCUCCUUCCGCCCGACGCGCGAAUGGUACGGCAUUCUAGCUGGCCUUCUCACUCGGGCAGUGCUUGAAGGCUACUUGAGUCGCGGUUGGAAAGGCCCUUUGGGUAUGGAGUGUCUCCUGGGUGUUGGUCUCGGACUAGGCCCAUUCAUGCCAGGCGUGAAAGAACCCGACGAGGAUGAGUUCAUCCACCUCGACCCGGAUGAAUGCCCGUCACUUGCGAAUGCUGCGAAGAUCCUAUUCCCAUACCUGUGUCGGCAGGUCAAGGCGAGCGAUGGUCCUGAGGCAGCUUAUGAGGCUGAGAUGUUGCAACGAAUAUCUGAAUUCCUAACUGUACCAGCGUCAACCCCUGAUUUGUCCACACAUUUCGAAGAUCUCGCUUACAAGUAUCCCACUGAACCUGUCGAACGAGCAACCGUCAGAUUUUGCGAAGCUGUCGCGAGUUGGAGAGGUCCACCCGAGCUCGAGAGCCAAAGGAAACGCAAUCAGCCGACGCCACAAGAUACUGCCUCCACAUCGACGCCGAGCAUGUCUAUUGACUCCCUUGUGCAAUCCGCGUCGGGUACUCUGCAGACUGUGCCUCUACAGAAGAAGUCUCCCAUUGAGAAGUAUUUUACAAAGGGGCUUCCCCUGCUGCCUGCUCUUGCAAAUAAAAGACGGAGAUCGACUGUUUCGAAACCUCCGUUGUCUGAUUCCAGACAACGAAAACCACAUUUCGAGACACCGGAUGAUUGGACAGGCCCUUACGGAAUUUGAAUAUCUACACACGCAUUAAACCGUAUUCUUGACAUUGGAACUUUCCCCGCGCC